CAAAUUUUAUUUUGAAAUUUGUGUUCUUUCGGUUUUAGGGCUUCAAUUCAACCGCAAAACAAUGUCGACUGAAUCAGAAAUCCCGUCAAACAAUCUCUGGGUGGGCAAUCUAUCAAGUCAGGUGACACAUUCCGAUUUAAUGAAUCUGUUCUCAAAACACGGCGAUCUUCACAGCGUUACGGCACCGAAUUCGUCGAGGAAUUACGCAUUCGUUUGCUUCAACAGGGUUGAGGACGCGAAGGCGGCCGUGGAAGGUCUUCGAGGGACUGUUCUGCGCGGGAAUGCUAUUAAGAUCGAUUUCGCGAAAACGGCCAAACCAUGCAAAAGUUUGUGGGUGAGUGGGAUCAGCCCAGCUGUUACAAAGGAAAUAUUGCAAGAAGAGUUUCUCAAAUUUGGAAAAAUUGAGGAGUUGAAGUUUAAUAGGGACCGUAAAACGGCAUAUGUAGAUUACUUUCGAUUGGAAGAUGCUUCUGAAGCAUUAAAAAGGAUGAAUGGCAAGCGAAUUGGAAGUGACCAGAUACGUGUUGAUUAUUUCAGGUCACGCACAUCGAAAAGAGAAAACUCAGCUGAUAUCCGUGAUCCAAGGGAGGGACAGUUUCUCAGCCGAGGCAUGGUCCAUCUUGAUUCACCAAGGAUGCCACAAGAUGUCGGUAGAAAUUACUCCGAGCUAUCCAAAAGACAAAAGCACUCUCAAUCAUCUGGAGAACAAAAACUGGAUGGGCAGCCCAGCAAUGUAUUGUGGAUAGGUUACCCUCCUUCAGUUUGUAUUGAUGAGCAAAUGUUGCAUAAUGCGAUGAUAUUGUUUGGUGAGAUUGAGACUAUAAGGAGUUUCCCUUCACAGAAUUACUCAUGUAUUGAAUUCCGAAGAGUUGAUGAGGCAAGGCGUGCGAAAGAGGGACUUCAGGGCCGCCUUUUCAAUGAUCCCAGAAUUUUGAUAAUGUAUUUGAGCAGUGAUGUUGGUCGUAGCAAAGGUUAUUCUGGAUUUCCUCCCGGAACCCAAUGGCCAAGAACAGAUGUACCUUUUACUGAACCGCCAUAUCAAACUUCACAUAUGGACAUGUCUAGUCACGAUCUCCCCAUGAUUCCAAAUACCCUUUCUGGACAUGUACCAUUUAGUGACAUGCUUCGUAAACUGCCUGAUGCGAAUCCCGACUGUUUGAUGGGUGGCCAAAAUUGGAGAAGACCAUCUCCUGCUCCGGCGAUGCUCCCAUCUCCUUCACUGCUCGUGAAGCGACCAAUCGGACCAGUGUCCUGUGCGUGGGAUGUAAUCGAUGUAAGUCAACUUCAGAGGGAACCUAAACGGUCAAGAAUUGAGACUGCUUUGCCUGUUUUUGGCUCUCCAUUUCCUUCAAAGGCACUUGAAGAUCGACCCUUGGGAUUGGAUCGAUUUGGCGAUCAGGACUAUGAUUACAUAUGGCGAGGUGUUAUUGCUAAGGGUGGGACAUCUGUUUGUCGAGCUCGUUGUGUCCCUAUUGGGGAAGGCAUAAAGUCCGAGAUUCCUGAAGUGGUCAAUUGCUCAGCCAAAACAGGCCUUCACGUGUUAGCAGAACACUGCACCGAGGCCAUGGGAUUCACUGUUGUUUACUUUUUGCCUGAUAGUGAAGAGGAUUUUGGAUCGUACACUGAGUUUUUGCAAUAUUUAGGGAAAAACAAGCAGGCUGAGGUAGCCAUAUUUGAUGAUGGGACUGCCUUAUUUUUGGUUCCCCCGUCAGGUUUUCUCUCUAAGGUGCUUAAUGUCACUGGCCCUGAACGUCUUUAUGGGGUGGUUCUAAAGUCACCACAUCAUAACCCUAGUAGUACAUCCAUGCAGCCUCCGUCCCAGUCUCAGUACAUGAAUAGCCAGCAGAAGCAUACCAAAAUUGAGAGUAGUGGCAUGCCUCAAAAGGAGGAAAAGGAUUUGCAUAUGGAUUGUAAUACGGUAUUAUGCAAUGACUCAUUGCAUCUUACAAAGCAGCUUGCACCUUCAACGAUUGAAUCCCUUCCAGCGCCAGUAAAUACCGUAGCAAUGUCCCAAUCUAGAGUUAAUUUGACACCAGAGCCUAUUGCCACUCUAUCUUCAUUUGUACCUUCUAGUGCAAAAGCUUCUGGUUCAAAAAGUGUCCUCUCACCACUAGUAUCAUCAUCCAUGAGGCCUCCAUUGCUUCUUAGUGCUGAUUUGGAUAGGGGACUCCUCCCACAGGGUUCAAAAUUUGAUUUUCAAGGUAAUAAGCUGACUACUCAUCAAUUUCAUGAAGCAGAGAAUCAAUUCAAUCCCCAAGGACAAUUUUCUCAGCUCCAGACUGAUACGGCUAGCUUAAACACAUCAAUAAGUUCUCCAAUGGUGGUAACCGGCAAACAACAAUUUCACGAUCCUAAUUUUAACUUGCCGCAACAAGGCGCAGUUUCUUCUAGGCCAUGGAGUAACUUUGGAAUCCCUUCACAGAGUGGUCAACAUCAGUAUGGAGUACCUGAAAAUUUUGACAAGGACUUUCGAAUAGUGCAAGGAACAGAUUCUCUGGGUUCAUAUGGAUCAUCUAGCAGUCAGCACUGUGAAAACUCUGUUACAAUGUCUAAUCAGGUUUAUGAUAGCAAUGUUGCCCAAACUUAUACAGCCAUGCCACUGGCUGCUGAUAAAGGGAAUUCUGCGUUUUGGAAGGUUCCUCAGUCUGCUGGUGAUGGAGCCAGUCAAGGAACAUCAGAGGUUGAGGAUGACAAGACUCAGCGGUACCUGUCUACGCUACAGCUUGCAGCUAACAUUCUUCUUCAGAGGCAGCAGAAGCAGCAGCAAUCAAGCACUCAAGCAGGGCAGCGGUCUGCUAAUCCUGAACAAGAUUUCCAUCAACUAGCACUGUCGAUCUUCUGGAGAACAAAACUGGAUGGGCAGCCUAGCCAUGUAUUGUGGAUAGGUUACCCUCCUUCAGUUCGUAUUGGCGAGCAAAUGUUGCAUAAUGGGAUGAUAAUCUUUGGCGAGGUUGAGACUAUAAGGAGUUUCCCUUCACAGGACUACUCUUGUGUUGAAUUCAGAAGUGUUGAUGAUGCACGGCGUGCGAAAGAAGGAUUGCAGAGUUACCUUUUCGAUGAUCCCAAGAUUUCAAUUAUGUAUUCAAGCAGUGAUGUUGGUCUCACCAAAGAUUAUACUGGAUUUCAUCCCAGAACCGAGCACCAAAGAUUAAACUGGAUUUCAAUUAUGUCCCAAUCUGGAGAUACUUUGACACUAGAGCGUAUUGCCACUCUAUCUUCAUUACUACUUAGUAAUGGGCCAGGAAAACUCAGCUGAUAACCGGGAUCCAAGGGAGGGACAGUUUCUCAGCUGAACCAUGGUCCUUGAUUCACCAAGGAUGCCACAAGAUGUCGGUAGAAAUUACUCCGAGCUAUCCAAAAGACAACGGCUCGCUUAUUUAUCUGGAGAACAAAAACUGGAUGGGCAGCCCAGCAAUGUAUUGUGGAUAGGUUUCCCUCCUUCAGUUCAUAUUGACGAGCAAAUGUUGCAUAAUGCGAUGAUAUUGUUUGGUGAGAUUGAGACUAUAAGAAGUUUCCCUUCACAGAAUUACUCAUGCGUUGAAUUCCGAAGAGUUGCUGAGGCAAGGCGUGCGAAAGAAGGGCUGCAGGGCUGUCUUUUCAAUGAUCUCAGAAUUUCGAUAAUGUAUUUGAGCAGUGAUGUUGGUCGUAGCAAAGGUGUGCAAAAGAAGUUCUUCACGUUUAUGUGAAUGGGAAAACUCAGCUGAUAACCGUGAUCCAAGGGAGAGAGAGUUUCUCAGCCGAAGCAUGGUCCAUCUUGAUUCACCAAGGAUGCCACAAGAUGUUGGUAGAAAUUACUCCGAGCUAUCCAAAAGACAACAGUGUUGACGUGGUCUCUUGCUCGGCAAGAGUAGGCCUUGACAUGUUAGCCAAACACCCCCUUGAGUGGUGGUUCUAAAGUCACCACAGCAUAACCCUACUAGUACAUCCAUGCAUUCACAGUCCCACUCUCAACUACAAGAGUAGAGAGUAGAUGCAUUCCAAAAUUAUGCGAUGACUCAUCAUAUCCUACAAACAGCUUGCACCUUCAACUUCUAAAUCCUUUCCAACGCAGCGGGUCCCUUCAGUAAAUACUGUAGCCUUGUCCCAAUCUGGAGAUACUUUGACACCAGAGCGUAUUGCCACUCUAUCUUCACCACUGCUUAGUACUGCAACAGCUUCCAGUUCAGAAACUCCCAACCCACCACUAGUAUCAGCAUCCAUGAGGCCUCCAUUUCCUCUUGGCACUAAAUUGGAUGGGGGAUGCCUACCAUUGAGUGGGUUGGAAACUUCUGAAAAUGCUAGGUAGUAAAGACAGAGUGGCAAUACGCUCUGGUGUCAAAGUAACUCCAGAUUGGGACACCGCUACAGUAUUUACUGAAGGGACUGGCUGCAUUGGAAGGGAUUUAGUAGUUGAAGGUGCAAGCUGCUUUGUAGGAUACAAUGAUUCAUUGCGUGAUACCUUAAAAUAAGCCAUAUGUAAAUCCUUUUCCUACUUUUGAGGCAAUGCCACUGCUCACAAUUUUGGAAUGCAUCUAUUGUCUACUCAUGUAGUGAUAUUGGGACUGUGGCUGCAUCGUUGUACUAGAAGGGUCAUGUUGUGGUGACUUUAGAACCACCACUCAAGCAGGGCAAUUGCUAACAUGUCAAGGCUUGUUUUGUCUACUCAUUAAUUGCAAGAAGCGGAGAAUCAAUUUAAUGCCCAAAGACAAUUUUCUCAGCUUCAAACUUAUAUGACCAGCUUUACACAUCAAGAAGUUCUCCAAUGGUGGCAACCGGAUGCACACAAUUUCAAGAUCCUACUUUUAACUUGCCGCAACAAGGUGUAGUUUCUUCAAGGGCAUUGAGUACCUUUGGAAUCCCUUCACAAAUUGGACAUCAUCAGUAUGGAGUACCUGAUAAUGCUGGCAAGGGCUUUCGGAUGGUGCAUGGAACAGAUUCUCUGGGUUCAUAUGGAUCAUCUAGCUUCCAACCACAUGAAAACCAGGUUUAUGGUAGCAUUGUUGCCAAGACUUAUACGCCCAUGUGGACUUGCUACUGAUUGAGGGGUUCUGAGUUUUGGAAUCAGGUUCAGAAGCCUCAGUCUGCCGGUAAUGUGGCCAAUCAGACUUACCAGUCUAUGCUACAGUUUGCAGCUAAUCAUCCCCUCCAGACGCCAUUCAAAAAAAAAAAGAAAA